AUGCCGCUGCUAAUGACAAUGACAUCACGACAUUUGGACACAGCAAGAAAGAAGAGAGAUGAUGGCAUUGUUGUGGAAGAAGAAAAAGAAGAAUUGAGAGAUAGAAAGCGUCUGCAGAACGAGGAAUUCACGUUGGAAGUAGUAUACAAUUUUAAAAAGUCAAAUGAACAGAGUAUAGUGAAUGUUUUUUAUGGGACGAAAGAAAUCUUUUCAUCUGUUGGACGGUCGCUGUCAUUCAUCGACGUACAUGAGGGGAUACGUACAAAUUCAUUAACUGGACAUUUCGCAUAUGUAACAGAAAUCCAUCAGGAUAUGCUGUGGAUGAAUAGUUAG